UUCUCAGUCACCACCACCGGAUGGGAGGAGAGGCGGAGGUUAGAUGUGUUAGAGGAGGAAGAGAGAGAACGGCAAAAAGGAGUGGAGGAACGAGUCGAGAAGAACUCAAGGUGUAUUAUUUUAAUCUGCUGAGACAAUCAAGACAGGAGUGUUAUCUUUUUUUUCCUUAUCUUUACAUAUUAUUGAAAAUUUCACUUUAUUUCAAGGCGAGCGAGUGUCGGUUCGUUUACUCCUGACGCGUAAGGUUACACGCCUUUGGACAUCACCGUCGAUGAAGGAUGGUGGGCACGACUAUGUAGGGGUAAUUUCACAACAAAGUGUUUUUGCGAACUGCCGAGGAAUAAACAAAGAAGAGGGGGCAAACUAUGAUCCGAGGAUGAUUUCUGCAAAGAAAACUCUGGAGGAGAGUCGUUAUCCUGUCCACUAUCUGGUGUGGCACAACAAGCACCGUCAGCUGGAGAAGGAGCUGGCUACCAGCGAGCAGACGGAUGUAGAGUCUCUUGACCCUCGUGGACGGACUCCUCUCCACCUGGCUGUCACUUUGGGCCACCUGGAUUGUGCCAGGGUCCUGCUGCAGCACGGAGCUGACGUUAGCAAGGAGAACCGUAAUGGCUGGACCGUUCUUCAAGAGGCGGUGAGCACGAGGGACCCGGAGCUGGUGCGUCUCGUGCUGCGUUACCGUGACUACCAGAGGACUGCCAAGAGGCUGGCGGGCAUCCCCGUCCUGCUGGAGAGACUACGCCAAGCGCAGGAUUUCUAUGUGGAGAUGAAAUGGGAGUUUACAAGCUGGGUGCCCCUGGUCUCUCGUAUCUGCCCCAGUGACACCUACAGAGUAUGGAAGAGUGGACAGUGUCUGCGAGUGGACACCACCCUCAUGGGGUUUGAGCAGAUGACCUGGCAGAGAGGCAACCGGAGCUUCAUUUUCAGGGGCCAAGACUCCAGUGCAGAGGUGAUGGAGGUGGACCACGACAGACAGCUGGUGUUCUGCGAGACCUUGUGCGUCUCAUCUCUUACGGCGCUCUCUCCUGGCAGGGGGAAAGCCGGCGCCUGCAAGGGCACCUGCGCUGGACUGGGCCUUCUGGGUGCGACGCAGCCCAGCGAUGAGCAGGUCGCAGCCAGGCUGUCCGCGCCGGUGGUGACCACUCAGCUGGACACCCGAAACAUUGCCUUUGAGAGGAACAAGACUGGCAUCCUGGGCUGGAGGAGCGAGAAGAUGGAGACAGUGAAUGGAUAUGAGGCCAAGGUCUAUGCAGCAUCCAAUGUUGAGCUGAUCACCAGGACCAGAACUGACCAUCUGACGGAUCAGAACAAGAACAAGACGAAAGGCGGCAGGACUCCACUGCAGAACUUCCUCGGGAUUGCAGAACAACACAUGAGCUCUAACAAUGUGGGAAACAAACAUCAGGAACAAAAAGCACAUGAAGCUCUGGUGACACAGAUGUCAUCCCCGGUGGUGACAAACCCCGCCGCCCUGACGGCCGAGGAGUACUUCAACCCCAGCUCGACGCAGCAGACGCUGAGGGACAUCGGCCACCCGUGCCAGCUCACCACCAAGACCCAGAGGUUUAAAGCCAAGUUGUGGCUGUGCGAGACCCAUCCUCUGUCCCUGGCGGAACAAGUGGUGCCUAUCAUCGAUCUCAUGGCCAUCUCCAACGCUCUGUUCGCCAAGCUGCGUGACUUCAUCACUCUGCGGCUGCCGCCUGGUUUUCCGGUCAAGAUCGAAAUCCCCCUGUACCACAUACUAAACGCCAGGAUCACCUUCAGCAACCUGAACGGCUGCGAGGAGGGGGCCGGCCUCCGUCCAGACAACGAAAUCGGAGUGGAAGGGGAUGGCCAGAGGGACGCCCCGAGGACAGACACUCCAUCUCCAGGCAGCGACUCCUCCAGCGUCUCCAGCUCUAGCUCCACAAUGUCGUGCCGAGCAGGAGAGAUUCCCCCGUGUGUGUUUGAGCCUCCGCCUGGAUACACCAUGCUAGGAGGCAAACAGAGAGACAGCAUGAGGGAGGAGGAAGAAGACUUACUGCAGUUUGCUAUACAGCAGAGUCUGCUGGAGGCCGGAUCCGAAUAUGAUCAGGUGACUAUCUGGGAAGCGCUGACCAAUAGCAAGCCAGGAGCACACCCCCUAUCCUGUGACCCAAGUCGUGUAGAGAGCAAACCCUCUCAUAAUAGGAGUGGCAGAAGUCAAAUCAAAGCCUGGGUGAAUAAUAGAAAAUGGGACAGAACAGGACAGAAGCUUUCAUCUUCAAAACAGCUGAAAUCCUUCAACAAAAACAAUGACGCCUCAGCACAAGCCCCGCCCCGCUUCCAGCCUCUGCUCCACCCCCUCGAAAAAGCAGCCGCCCAGCUGCACCUAUGACGAGCAGUUGCGCAUCGCCAUGGAGAUCUCGGCCCGGGAGCAGGAGGAGGCGGACCUCCGGCGGCAGCAGGAGGAAGAGGAGCUUCAGCGAAUCAUCCAGCUGUCCCUGAUGGAGAAGUGAGAGCCUCGUUGCCGGCGGCGAUGGUGGGGAAGGGUCUGAACUGAGGACAUGUUGGGAUAAGAGGGAACAAAUGGCCACCUGGGAAACUUUAAGCACACUCUAACUGCCUGAAUCAUCUUAGUGAAACAAUCAAAUCUUUCUCUUUUCUCUCUUCGCCUUCGUCAGACCUUUCCCCUGAAGCCGCUCAGUGAUGAAGAUGGCAGCUGGAGAGGGACACUUUUUUUCCUCUCAGCGGCACCACAUGGUACCUUGUUGAGCAGUGCCAGUUUACAACCAAUAAUACCAGUUUUCUUUGCAGCAGGGCCAUCAGUGCUCCCUCUGUAGUGUUUCUGCUCCAGCAUUACCAACACACACACACACGUACACACACCUUGAGCCUUGCUGCCACUGAACCAUUUGAUUUUCAGUCUUAGAAAUGGAAAAAAAAAAAAAAAGACAAGUAAGGCUUGUGUUGUUAGAAGUGAGAUGAAUGUCAACAAACCAUGAGAAAGUUCUCAAGUUUCCAAAUAUUCAAAAAUAACAUGCAGGUACGCUUAUUUACUUGCUUUUAAUUUCCAUAAAGUCAACACGUACUGUACUUAGCUUUGCUGGCGGAUCACAUAUAAGACUGUUAAUGGUGGUUUUUUGAUGAGUUUGAGCACAAAGCAAAGUCGGGCCACUUUAGGUUUUAGAUGUAGGACGCGGCUGCAGGAGGCGCAGCAGCUCCGCUGUAUGAGAAUAAGUGUACUGAAACUAAUAAAGGACCAAUGUUAUUGUUCUGUAAGCUGUCUGUGGACUAGAUAUGUUAUUGGAAGAAAUUUAUACUCACAAGAACAGAUUAUUAUUUUUUUCUGUAUUUCUCUUCGCUCACUCGUAUAAACUGAUUAAACAAUAGUUCAGCAUGAUGUGCAUCCAUGAGAGGGGAACCUUGUUUUGUGACCUGAGCCUGAGUCGGAGCUCUGGACAUGCGGUACGAGUGAGCUGACGUUAAAAAAAAUAAAAAAUAGAAAAAAGGCUCCAAAAAUAAAUGGAUGUUGGCAAAUAAUUGUAAGUAACUUGAUGUUGCAAGGCUCAGGCCAAUCCAAAUGUUGUGAGGUACUAGCCAAUCAAAAUGCAAGGGAAUACAGAGGAUUCUUUUAAGAUCAUUUCUCUGAAACUGUUUACCACUACAAUAUCAGCACAAACUGAGAUUUCCUCCUGUCUCUAAUUACAGUAGAUCUUCUUUGUGUUAAAAGGAUUUAAUUUUUUUUUUACUUUGUAAAAACAGUCGUUGCUGAACACCAAUGCAUCGAAAUGUUUUCGAGAUGUACCCUGCAAAGUGGAUUCUGAUGAUUCAAAUAAAGAAACACCUUUUGGAA